AUGUUUGUGAAAAAACCGGCCGUAAGCGAUGAGCCAUGGGAUCCGCAAGCGGGCAAGGUGUACGUGUCGGAGUCUCGUUUGAGUCCCGAGGUUAACACAAUCACUGGCAAAAAGUCCUUCCACCAGAAAUAUUCUCAAAGCUUGGAAACCCUGAUCCCCAUCCGCCUGAAGGCAAGGUCAGCUGUGAAUCCAAUAGACAACGCGGGGCUGCUCUCGUUUGCGACAUUUUCUUGGCUCUCGUACCUCAUGCUCCGAGGAUUCAAGCACAAACUCAGCAUGGACUCCUUGCCUCCUCUGUCUCCCCUGGAUAGCUCAGAACCAAACACCAGAAGAUUGCAACACCUUUGGGAAGAAGAGCUGGCCAAAGUCGGUCCCAAUAAAGCUUCCUUACGCAGAGUGGUGUUUAGAUUCCAAAGGACCCGGAUUCUGGUAGACAUAUUGGCUAACAUCAUUUCAGUUAGUAUUGGUGCUUUGGGCCCGACAUUGAUAAUCCACAACAUCCUGCGGUACAGCGACAGCGACGCCUGGGACAUCUUGCCUGGGAUUGGCCUCUGCAUAGCCCUUUUCAUCACAGAGUUUUCCAAAGUCUUCUUCUGGUCAAUGGCUUGGGCCAUCAACUACCGCACCGCUAUCCGAUUAAAAGUUGCCGUGUCGACCCUGACAUUUGAGAAGCUGCUGUCAUUUAAGACUCUGGCACGCAUGUCUGUCAGCGAAAUGAUCAAUUUGCUAAGCAAUGACGGCUAUCGAAUAUUUGACGCUGCUUUAGUUUGUCCCCUGCCACUUGCUAUACCUCUGCUGAUGAUCAUCGGCGCAAUCUACUCCUGCAUCAUCCUUGGUCCCACGGGACUCAUAGGGCUGUUUCUUUACAUUAUAUUCAUACCUGUACAGAUGUCCAUAGCCAAGAUAACAUCUGUAUUCCGAAGAGCCGCCAUUCAGAAGACGGAUAAGCGUGUGCGAAUAAUGUCUGAGAUUUUAACAUGUAUGAAGCUGAUUAAGAUGUAUGCUUGGGAGAAAUCUUUUGCGAACACCAUCAAAGGCACCAGAAAAAUGGAAAGGAAAAUCCUAGAAAAAUGCGGAUAUGUACAGAGCGUGAAUUUUGCCCUAACUCCAAUUGUGUCCACCACAGCGAUGGUCUUGACAUUCACCUUCCACCUUCUUUUGAAGCGAGAGCUAACAGCCUCUGCUGCCUUCAGCAUGAUUGCUAUGUUUAACGUCAUGAGGUUUUCACUUGCCAUUCUGCCGUUUGCUGUGAAAGCCAUGGCGGAAGCAAAUGUCGCUAUUAAAAGAAUGGAGAAAUUUCUGCUCGCCAAAACUCCUCCUGCCUAUGUGAUGGCACUGGAGGACCCCCAGAAUGCUGUCGUCCUGAAAAAUGCCACUUUGUCAUGGGUGAAUUUGUCUAGUGAAAGCAGCGCUAGAAGUAAUAAGGAGAAGGUCCUGAAAGUGAAAAGUGUAUGCGAGCCCCAAACCAUGACCGGAGUCGCCGCGUCUCACUCUCAGACAUCAAGUUCUGGGAAGGAGUGCAGUAGUGGCAAUGUCCUGUCCAACAUCAGUUUUAAGGUGCAGAAAGGCAAGGUUUUAGGGAUUUGCGGACACGUUGGAAGUGGAAAGAGCUCGAUCAUGUCAGCGAUAUUGGGACAGAUGUACCUCCAUGAGGGGACUGUCGCGGUGCAUGGGACUUUUGCAUACGUGUCUCAGCAGGCAUGGAUAUUUCACGGGAGCGUCAGAGACAACAUUCUUUUUGGAGAAGAAUACAAUGCACAGAGGUACAAUUAUGCCAUUGAAGUCUGCAGCCUGAAGUCGGAUAUGGACCUUCUUCCAUAUGGAGAUAUGACUGAAAUAGGGGAAAGGGGGCUCAACCUUUCUGGAGGCCAGAAGCAGCGAAUCAGCUUAGCUCGUGCUGUGUAUGCCAACAGAGACAUUUAUUUAUUGGAUGAUCCCUUGUCAGCGGUUGAUGCACAUGUUGGCAAGUAUAUUUUUGAAGCAUGCAUCAAAGAAGCGCUACGAGGGAAGACUAUCCUCCUCAUUACUCAUCAGCUGCAGUACUUAGAAUUUUGUGAUGAAAUCAUAUUGCUCGAAGGCGGAGGAAUAUGCGAGAGCGGUACCCACGCAGCGCUGGUUGCUGCGAAGGGGCGUUACGCUAAUCUCAUUGAAAACCUGCGAUUGGAGGAAAUGCCGGUUCCACAUGACACCCUCCUUUUUUCAGACACGGUGGACGUAUGUGUGGAGGAGAAUCAGGAGGAUGUCCCUGAAAUCUCUUACAUAGGGACUGAAAACCCUGCUUUUGACGUUUCUGACGAGCCGAGCAAGGAAUCCAGGAGCGACCUCAAAGUGAGAAGAGACACAGCUCCUGUAAAUCAACUCGUUCAGAAAGAGGAGAAGCAAGAAGGCUCUGUUAGAUGGAAAACCUACCACGCUUACAUCAAGGCAUCUGGAGGAUUCAUCCUGUGGUUCUUCAUUGUGCUUCUCUUUGUUCUGAUGAUCGGUUGUUCAGCCUUCAGCAGCUGGUGGUUGAGUUACUGGUUAAGGCAGGGCUUACGGGUAAGCACACCUUUCAGCAUUAUAAUGUGUUUUACUUGUAUACAUUUAUCUAUUACAUAUAAAGAAAACUACAGCUUCUACCAACUCAUCUAUGGAAUGAGCAUCGUUUCCAUGAUUACCCUGAGCUUCAUCAAAGGCUUUGUUUUCACUAAGACAGCAUUGCGGGCGUCGUCGAGGCUACACGACACCAUGUUUCAGAAGAUCUUAUGGAGCCCAAUGAGUUUCUUUGAUACGACUCCCGCUGGCAGAGUAAUGAACCGCUUCUCUAAAGAUAUGGACGAAGUGGACGUGCGGCUUCCGUUUCAUGCCGAAAUGUUUCUGCAGCAGUUUUUCAUGGUCCUCUCCAUCAUUGUCAUCGUCGCCAUUGUGUUUCCUUACCUCCUAAUUGGAGUCGCUGUCCUAAUGAUGAUUUUCAUUCUACUCUUCCGGGUUUUCCAGAGCACCAUCCGAGAGCUCAAGCGAUUCGAAAACAUGAGCAAGUCUCCAUGGCUUUCCAUGAUCAUGUCCACCGUCCCAGGCCUUAGCAUAAUCCACGCAUACAAUAAGAAGGAGAACUACAGCAUUCAUUUUAGAAAGCUGAACGAUGAGAGCUCCAACCACUUCAUUCUGUUCAACUAUGCACUGCGGUGGUUUGCGUUGAGGACGGACAUGCUCAUGACCAUCAUGACUUUGACUGUUGCCCUCUUUGUCGUCCUCACCCCCUCUUCCAUCACCACUGCGGAAAAAGGCUUGGCUUUGUCUUACACUAUCCAGUUGAGUGGACUUCUGCAAGUGUGUGUGAGAACGGGAUCGGAGACAGAAGCUCGAUUUACACAUGUUGAGCAAAUUAUGGAAUAUAUCACGAAGUGUGUUCCUGAAACAGCAGAGGGCAAGGAAGUGCAAAAGCUCCCUCCCCCAAACUGGCCUUCUCAGGGUGAAAUUACCUUCAUUAACUACCGGAUGAAAUACCGAGAAGACAGCCCCUUGGUGCUCCAUGACCUAAACAUGAACAUUCACGGCAAGGAAAAAAUCGGGAUUGUUGGCCGGACGGGCUCGGGAAAAUCAUCCUUAGGGGUCGCCUUGUUCAGACUAGUGGAACCAACUGCUGGCACCAUCCUCAUUGACAAGGUUGAUAUCCUCUGUAUUAGUUUGGAGUCUCUAAGGACCAAGUUGUCGGUCAUUCCUCAAGAUCCCGUUCUGUUUGUAGGUACAGUAAGGUACAACUUAGAUCCAUUUAAAGACCACACAGACGAUGAAAUUUGGCAAGCUCUGAGGAGAACAUUUAUGAAAAACACAGUUUCAAAACUGCCAGGGAAGUUAGAAGCAGAGGUGGUUGAAAAUGGAGAGAACUUCUCCGUGGGGCAGCGGCAGCUGCUCUGCAUGGCGAGGGCGCUCCUCCGAAAUUCAAAAAUAAUACUUCUCGACGAGGCAACAGCAUCCAUCGAUUCUGAGACGGAUGUGCAGAUUCAGCAGACCAUCCGGGAAGCUUUUGCCGACUGCACCGUCUUGACCAUUGCUCAUCGUAUGAACACCAUCUACCAGUGUGACCGUGUGUUGGUGAUGGACAAGGGGAAGAUAGUGGAGUUUGGCAAACCGGAGGAGCUCCUUCAGAAACCCAAUUCCGCAUUUGCAUCACUCCUAGCUGCUACAAGCAACGUCGGAUCCUAGGACAUGAAAAUAUUGAAUGGUGCUUUCUCUGUGGACUUCAGAAAAGAAGGCUUAUAUGGACAGGAAGAACAGAAUUGAUAUCUAACGUCUUGCCGACAAAGAAAUAUGAUAACCUUCACUGAAGGCCACAGUUAAGGGCAAACUCUGAAGCUUGAUAGAACUAGGGGCAGCUGAAACUAAGAACUAAAUAAGGGGAACAAGAAGGACUGUGCAAAAGCACAUGGCACUGGACUGCUGAUUUUGGAAUUCAUUCAAAAAUAUAGCCCACCUACAGGGAAACCUGUAAACAUGGUGUGUUGGAUCAGCACAUUUUCAGAGGGUGCUAACAUGACCGGCAGACCUAUCAGAGGCUAUUCACCCUUAGCAUCCCACAACAGUUAAACAUUGUAUGUUCCAUACAACCUUUACAGGCAAAUGAUGUAGACCUGAUCACUGCAUAGUCACAAUGGUUGCAACUCAGCCAGGUAGGAUGUGACUGAG